UGUAACUGCACCCGUCCCGGAGAAUCCCAUCUCGAUCUCUUGCACAAGACGACGCCAUCGUACUGCUGCGGACUGCCUUUCUCCGUCCCCCUCCUGUAAACCAGCAUUAACUAUUCAUUAACAGCCAUACACACACUCAGCUCCAUGUACAAGCAUUGUUCAACCUGCUUCCUCUGCAUUAAACCCGACAAACCCCCAUCUCCCGCUUCCCGAGAUCCCACACGUUAUUAGCACCCUCCGGUUUUUCGUCCCAAAGCAUCAUCAAUAUGCUCCGUUAAGCCUGCUGUAUGAUACCACUUCUUGGUUCGCAGUUGCCGGCCUUCUCUCUUCGAUCCCUCGGCAGGGUCCACGCUCUUAGCCACCGCCUCCUUAGUCCUUCCCCUUCCUCUGGGUUUCUGCUGCUCCGCGGCCAUGUUGCACCGGUGCGGCCACCAGAGCAGCUCGUAUCCGUGCUCGUGCGGGUCCGCCUACUUCUCUGUUGUCUUCCCGGUGAUGGGAAAGCAGUCUACGGAUGAAGACCAUGAUGUCGCACGUUCCGGUUGCUCCUCCCCCUCCUCGGUGGACUGCACCUUGUCACUAGGGACCCCUUCCACGCGCCAAACCGAGAACAAGGCCGCCGCCGCCGCCGCCUCCUCCACCAUGUUCCAGCGGCCGUCGUGCGUGUCUAGCUUCGGCCAGGAUAUCAUUUCGCAGUCCAAGAGGAGAUCGAAUGCGUUCUACGGUGGAGCUACCAACGGCUCCAACUUUGGCGGCGACCCUCUUCUUCUCGCUCGUAGGUGCGCCAACUGCGACACCACCUCGACUCCGCUGUGGAGGAACGGUCCACGAGGCCCCAAGUCGUUGUGCAAUGCGUGCGGCAUUCGCUACAAGAAAGAAGAGCGGCGUACGGCGGCGUCGAUGGCGCCACCUUCGUCGUCGUCGCCGGUGACAUCGGCAGCAGGGGAGAAACAGCUGCGGUCACCAUGGAGUUGCUACGAUUCGUCCGCAACGAAAGGCGACUCAUCCAUCGCCAUGUACGACGACGACACGGCGGGCCAUGGGGAGGCGUCCUACCUCGCGCCUUCGCCUCAGUUCUCGGCCCGAAACAGGCCCAGCCUAUCUCAAUACCAUUAGCCGCCUUAGCAGCGGCCUUAAGCUCUCUCUAUUCUCUUCUAUCUCCUCGAGUGUCACGUCUUGAGCAUCACCAGCAAAUGUUAAUUACUGUUGAUGAACAUGA